CCCAUUGCCCCCUAGAUUCACACCAGUCUCGAAAGGCCUCCGAUAUAUCUUUAUACUGAGGCCUACUGCCCAUUGCCGAUAUCACCAUGUUGCUCUCUAUCAAGCUUGUGGCCUUGCUCUGCACUUCCGCCGCUGCACUGCCCAACAACCGAACCGAUACAACUGCAAGAAACGCCGCUUCCUUCGAUCAAAAACAAGAACCGAACCAUACUACACGUACUCAGCAGCAUCAUUACAUGCCGAUAAACUGCAAAGGCUCCUUUUUCUGCGCUCCAGUGUUGAUCGAUCGCCAUCGUGCGAUGAUCAAAUACAUAGCGCCUCACAUUCAUGCCAGUAUGUGUCGACCUCUGGAUGGAAACAAGACCCCUCAUCCCUCGCGACCGGUAUUUGUCACGAGCUCUGAUAUCUAACAUCCAUUCAAGUCCCAGAUUCGCGCCAAUACAUGGAUGGCGAACAGAUCGCGUGUGCCACUUUCCACGACGUGGACGUCCGAUCAGGCUUGGCAAGUACUCCCCCCUUCUUCCGUCCGAACAGAUCGUUUAUCCAAGGUAUUCUCUCAAAAUUUUAAGUGCGGUUGCUGACAGUGCCUGCCAGUGUGCUUUCUUCCAAAGAACGAAGCCAGGCCGUGUCUUGACAGCUGCUCUCGCCAAGCAGAAGGUUGAUGAUUUGCUCGCCAACGGCUGCCAAUAUUGUGGAAGCGCACCACUCGAACCCAGCGGUAAUGUAAUGGACGGAGAGUUCACAAUCAAUUUCGUCGAGGAAGCAUGCGAUAUCCCGAUAUAUACCGCCAGUGCUUGUCCCAUCACGCACGUAUCCUGAGUAAAGUACGUAGGAAGGAAACAGUUGCAUGGUACUAGCUUACUAUGUCGGGAGAUCUGCAAAUUUCCUAUCCAUACACUUAUAACCACUUUGUUGGAUGUAGUCAAAAGGUCUGGCCUGCUCAUGUAGAUAAUGUCCAUCAUUUUAA